AUGGCCUCCAGACUUCUUAGGAGCAGCUACACCGGCGGCCUGCGUGCCGUAUCUACUGCUGCAUCGACGACGAUUCGCCCUGCUGUAGUUUCCGCAAUUCGCCAGUUCCCUGCCCGUUGCCAGUCCUCUGCCUCUUCCAACAAGAUGGGAUUUCCAUUCUGCCGGGAACCCGAAGGUCCCGUAGUCAGGACCGAGAUCCCGGGCCCCAAAUCCAAGGAGGCCAUCAAAGAGCUUCAUGAGGUCUUUGAUACUCGGAGCUUGAACAUGCUCACUGAUUACAACAAGAGCAUAGGCAACUACAUUGCCGAUCCUGAUGGCAAUUAUCUGCUCGAUGUCUACGCUCAAAUCGCCUCCAUCCCCAUCGGCUACAACAACCCGGUCCUGCACAGUGCCGCCCAGAGCUCCGCCAUGGUCAACGCCAUCAUCAACCGUCCGGCCCUCGGCAACUUCCCUCCCACAGACUGGGCCUCCACUCUCAAGACGGGCAUCCUCAAAGUCUCCCCCAAGGGGCUCGACCAAGUCUUCACGGCCAUGGCCGGCUCCGACGCCAACGAAACCGCCUACAAGGCCGCCUUCAUGUGGCGCCGCCAAAAGGAGCGCGGCGGCGCUCACGUCGAAUUCACCGCCGAGGAGAUGGAGUCCGCCAUGGUCAACCAAACCCCCGCCGGCUCCAAGCCUCUUUCCAUCUUGUCCUUCAAGACAGGUUUCCACGGCCGCUUGUUCGGCUCCCUAUCCACCACCCGCUCCAAGCCCAUCCACAAGCUUGACAUCCCCGCCUUCGACUGGCCGCAGGCCACCUUCCCAGCGCUCAAGUAUCCCCUCGAGCAACACGCCGAGGAAAACGCUGCGGCCGAGCAGGCGGCGCUAGACGAAGUCGAGCGUCUCAUAACCACGUACCACGUGCCCCCGGCAGCGGUGGUCGUCGAGCCGAUCCAGUCUGAGGGCGGCGACAACCACGCUUCUCCGGCCUUCUUCCGCGGCCUACGCGCCAUCACCAAGAAGCACGACGUGCUGCUGAUCGUGGACGAAGUGCAGACAGGCGUGGGCGCAACAGGCAAGUUCUGGGCGCACGACCACUGGAACCUGCAGGAUCCUCCCGACAUGGUGACCUUCUCCAAGAAAGCGCAAACGGCCGGUUACUACUUUGGCAACCCCGAGCUGCGGCCCAAUAAGCCGUACAGACAGUUCAACACGUGGAUGGGCGACCCGGCACGGGCGUUGCUGUUCAAGGCCAUCAUCGAGGAGAUUGAGCGCCUGGGACUGGUGGAGCACACGGCGAAAGUGGGCGAUUACCUGUAUGGCAAGCUGGAGGCUUUGGGCGAAAAAUACCCCGGCCAGUUUGCCAAUCUGAGAGGUAAAGGCCAGGGAACGUUCAUCGCGUUUGAUAACCCGCGCCGGGACGAGUUUCUGGCCAGGGCCAAGAAGUUUGGGGUUAAUAUUGGCGGGAGCGGGCAGAGCGCGGUUAGGCUGCGCCCGAUGCUGAUUUUCGAGGAGAGGCAUGCGGAUAUUUUGGUGGAUGCUUUGGAGAAGAUUGCCAAUUCUUUUAAGUAA